GUGGUGCAAUUGAAAUUCACCAUACGCGGCGCUUUCAAAUAAUUAGGUCAAUUUUUCGUGCUUUUACACCCGUUUCGGCUUAUUAAUUCCUUCUAUCCAAAUCCAAGGGUUUUUGGAGGAGCAACAGCCUAAAAUCAUUGGGGUUUAUCUAGCACUAUUGAUUUGACGAUUGGAAAGCCAUUAUACACGGAUUAGAAGUUAACCUUACAGAAUUGUAACUCGUAGUCUUGUACCCUUGUGGGACUGCUAUUACCCAAAAGAGAUGGAGAAUUCUUCAAGUGCUGAAAAACGGAAGCUACCACAAGAAAGCUCAGAGGUGGUGGAUGCUGAAAUCAAGAACCAAGAAUCGGCAUCAAAGAAGCAACGUGUGGUUGCAAGAACUUGUGUUCAUGAGGUAGCUGUUCCAAACGGGUAUAUUUCCAGUAAAGACGAAACUAUCCAUGGGUCGUUAUCAGAUCCAGUUUAUAAUGGAAAGAUGGCGAAAACCUACCCGUUUGUUCUCGACCCGUUUCAACAAAUAUCUGUGUCAUGUUUGGAGCGUAAAGAAUCAGUUUUAGUAUCAGCACAUACGUCAGCCGGGAAAACCGCUGUUGCAGAGUAUGCAAUUGCUAUGGCUUUUAGAGACAAGCAGAGGGUCAUCUACACAUCUCCGUUAAAAGCUUUAAGCAAUCAGAAAUACCGAGAACUAAGUCAAGAGUUUUCUGAUGUCGGGUUGAUGACGGGUGAUGUCACACUCUCUCCAAACGCAAGUUGCUUAGUUAUGACAACUGAGAUUCUUAGGGGAAUGCUUUAUCGAGGAUCCGAGGUUUUGAAAGAAGUCGCAUGGGUUAUAUUUGACGAGAUUCAUUACAUGAAGGAUCGUGAAAGAGGGGUAGUUUGGGAAGAAAGUAUAAUCUUUUUACCUCCGGCUAUUAAGAUGGUUUUUCUUUCUGCAACAAUGUCAAAUGCUACCGAAUUUGCUGAAUGGAUAUGCAAUAUACAUAAACAACCGUGUCAUGUGGUGUAUACUGAUUUUAGACCGACACCUUUGCAGCAUUAUGUGUUUCCCAUGGGUGGAUCGGGAUUGUAUCUUGUAGUCGAUGAAAAUGAGCAGUUUAGAGAGGAUAAUUUCUUGAAAUUGCAAGACACUUUCACUAAGCAGAAGCAAAUUGGCGGAAAUCUAAGUGGAAACAAUAAGUCGAGUGGGAGAAUCGCGAAAGCUGGAAAUGCUUCUGGUGGUGGUGGAUCUGAUAUUUACAAAAUUGUCAAGAUGAUAAUGGAAAGAAAAUUCCAACCUGUUAUAAUCUUCAGCUUUAGCAGAAGAGAAUGCGAGCAACAUGCAAUGGCAAUGACCAAACUUGAUUUCAAUAGCCCAGAAGAAAAAGAAGUGGUGGAGCAGGUUUUCAAAAACGCUAUAUUAUGCCUGAGUGAAGAAGAUAGAAACCUCCCGGCAAUUGAGUUAAUGUUGCCAUUAUUGCAACGGGGCAUUGCUGUUCAUCAUUCUGGCCUUCUUCCUAUUAUCAAAGAACUUGUAGAACUUUUAUUUCAAGAAGGCCUUGUAAAAGCACUUUUUGCAACAGAAACAUUUGCUAUGGGGUUGAACAUGCCUGCAAAAACGGUUGUUUUUACUAGUGUUAGGAAAUGGGAUGGUGAUAGCCAUCGGUAUGUAGGAUCUGGAGAGUACAUUCAGAUGAGUGGGAGAGCUGGACGUCGUGGCAAAGAUGAACGUGGUAUUUGUAUCAUAAUGAUUGAUGAACAGAUGGAGAUGAAUACUCUCAAGGACAUGGUGCUAGGGAAACCAGCGCCACUAGUCAGUACUUUCAGGCUGAGUUACUACUCAAUAUUAAACUUAAUGAGACGGGCCGAGGGCCAAUUUACAGCAGAACAUGUUAUAAAAAAUUCUUUUCACCAGUUUCAGUAUGAAAAGACCUUACCUGAUAUUGGGAAAAAGGUUGCCAAGCUAGAAGAUGAAGUAGCUAAGCUCGAUGCUUCUGGAGAGGCUGAUGUUGCUGAAUAUCAUAAGCUUAAACUUGAAAUCACCGAACUAGAGAAGAAGAUGAUGACAGAACUAACAAAACCCGAAAGAGCUCUAUUAUUUCUUCUACCUGGUAGACUGGUUAAGGUUAGAGAAGGUGGAACAGACUGGGGGUGGGGAGUGGUGGUUAAUGUGGUUAAAAAACCACCGCCACAACAAGGCUCGUUACCCGCUACAUCACGUGGUAGUAGCUAUAUAGUAGACACUUUGCUUCAUUGUUCUAUUAGUUCAAGCGAAAGUGGUUCUCGCCCUAAACCAUGCCCACCGCGUUAUGGUGAAAAGGGUGAAAUGCAUGUGGUUCCUGUUCAGUUACCUUUGAUAUCAGCAUUGAGCAAGCUUAGAAUAACAAUUCCUACCGAUCUUCGUCCAUUGGAAGCACGCCAGAAUAUAUUAUUGGCAGUUCAAGAGCUUGAAAAGAGGUUUCCACAAGGUCUUCCAAAACUGAAUCCCGUUAAGGAUAUGGGCAUCGAAGAACCUGAAUUUGUCGACCUGGUAAAUCAGAUCGAGAAACUCGAACAGCAGUUGCUUUCUCAUCCGUUAAACAAGUCUCAAGAUGAAAACCAGAUCGAAUGUUUCAAGAGGAAAGCAGAAGCAAAUCAUGAGAUUCAACAAUUGAAGACAAAAAUGCGCGAUUCACAGCUUCAAAAAUUUCGCGAUGAGCUUAAAAACCGAUCACGGGUUUUAAAGAAACUUGGACAUAUUGAUUCUGAAGGGAUAGUGCAAGUGAAGGGUCGGGCAGCAUGCUUAAUUGACACAGGAGAUGAACUCUUAGUAACUGAAUUAAUGUUUAAUGGUACCUUUAAUGACCUGGAUCAUCAUCAAAUUGCGGCACUCGCAAGUUGCUUUAUUCCAGGAGACAAAUCAAGUGAACAAAUACAUCUAAGAUCGGAACUUGCGAAACCACUACAGCAGCUUCAAGAUAGUGCACGAAGGAUAGCGGAGAUACAACAUGAAUGCAAAUUGGAAGUUAAUGUGGAUGAGUACGUGGAAGCAGUAGUUAGACCAUUCUUGAUGGAUGUUAUAUAUUGUUGGUCAAAAGGAGCAUCUUUUUCAGAAGUUAUACAAAUGACUGAUAUCUUUGAGGGGAGUAUCAUAAGACUCGCUAGAAGGCUUGAUGAGUUUCUAAAUCAGUUACGUGCUGCUGCUCAUGCUGUUGGAGAAGCGGGCUUAGAGGAAAAGUUUGGUGCAGCCAGUGAAAGCCUACGCCGAGGUAUUAUGUUUGCAAAUUCUUUGUAUUUGUGAUCAAGUUAUUUAAGAUUUUAUCUUUCAAUUGUAUUUUUGGUUUAACAUGAUAAGCAACACACACCACAUAAAAUUAGGUGGUGUCGGAUUCCGUUAAUUUAUAGCAACAUGGUUUGCUUUUUACCACAGUAUCUGUUUUCAUUUC